AAAGAGGGAGGGCGGCCCUGGCAAGGGGGCCGUAAGACAGAAGGGCUCCGGGACCCGCGGGAGGGGAAGGCAGAGCGGGCCCCACGGCCCACGCGGGUGGGGCGGCUCUCGCUGGACCGGGAGCCCGCAGAGCGGGGCCUCCGGCCCUCUCGCCAGUCACCUCGCUGAUCUCUUCCUCCUCGGAGGCCGAGUCCCCCUGCUCCGAGUCCGAGUCCUGCUCCUCCCCGUCCGGCUCCCGGCGCUCGGGCGGCCCCGGCGCUCUCCGCUUGGCCCGGGUAGCCAUGCCGCUGCCCCGCCGCCGCGCGCAGGCGCCCCGGAGCCGGAAGGCCGCAGCGCGGAGGAGGAGCAGGCGGCGGACUGGGGCGGCGCACAGCGGGCCCUGGCGACGGGCGGCCCCCGCACGCAGCCAUUUUUGGUAAACAAUGAAGGUUCUGUUACUGAAGGAGCCCAAAGACAGAGACUCAGGACCAGAUCCAUAUAUUCAAGAAUUAGGAUUAUAUGGAUUUGAAGCAGCUUUAAUCCCUGUUUUGUCAUUUGAACUUGUGUCUCUUCAGACUUUCUUUGAAAAGCUCUCUCAUCCAGAUCAUUAUGAGGGUUUAAUUUUUACCAGCCCAAGAGCAGUAGAAGCUGCCAAGUUAUGUUUGGGAGAGAAUAGUAAAAAUGAAGCCUGGAGUAAUUCUCUUAAAGAAAAAUGGAAUACCAAAUCAGCAUAUGUUGUAGGAAAAGCUACAGCUUCUCUAGUGGAGGAAAUUGGCCUUGCUCCACAAGGAGAAAAGUGUGGAAAUGCUGAAAAACUAGCUGCAUACAUUUGCGCAAGGGAAACACCUAAUUCAUCACCUCUUCUUUUUCCUUGUGGAUCUCUCAAAAGAGAAGUUCUUCCAACAAUACUCAAAGAAAAAGGUGGUCAGCCUUUAGAGCUUUAUUUUAAUUUGUUAACUUAUUGUGGAAACCCCCACCCUUCUCUCCAAGAAUCCUUGAAGAAUUAUUUCUCACAACAGGGUAUUCCAGCAAGCAUCACAUUCUUCAGUCCGUCUGGUGUCAGAUUUUGUCUCCAGCACAUUCAGAAGUUUUCUGGUGAUCUUAUUAAUCAAAUUAAGUUUGCUGCUAUAGGUCCAACGACAGCAGAAGCAAUGGAAGCUGAAGGAAUCCCAGUGAGCUGCACCGCAGAGAACCCUUCUCCCCAAGACCUUGCUGCUGGUAUCAAAAAAGCCCUUCACCUGUAGAACUGCUGUUUACCUGAGUAGAAGCACCACACAUGUUGCUGUAAUAAUCCUCCAGAAAUUUAAGACAAUUCAUCAGUGUUUAACAGGGAUAUUAACAUUCAUUUGGAUUUUUUUUUAAAAAGCCAUGCUCUCUGCCUUAUCAUUCAAUCCGUCCUUGAUCAUCCAUCUUCUAACAGCACUGUGUGGUGGGAGUGGAAAAGCUAGAUUGACCAGUCAAGAUCAAAUAUAUGGCUAAUUUUGAUGACCCACUAAUAAUGGUCAUUAAGAGAAGACGGUGAUUUUCACCAUAUGUUAGCCAGCCGAAGUCCAAAACAUAAAAAGUCAGUAACUAAUACCAACCACCAUGUUAAAGAAAUCAGAUUAUUAAACCAGUAUUUGGGUAGUGUUAUAUCUGCUGUUUUUCAUAUUCCAGAUAUACUUUACAUUAUGACAUAAUACCUUUCAAAAAUAUGGUUCAGAGUGACUUGGAAUAAGUGAAAUUGUUUCAUUCAGUCAGUGGUCAGGUUUGUAUUGGACACUUUUGUAUUCUAUAUUGCCCCUUUCUUGAAUACUCAAGAACUGCUGCAUCUAAAACUUCAUGGGUCAAAUUCCACCCUCAUACGUGCACUCCCAUUGGAAAUAAUGAGAGCUGCACGUCAGUAUCUGAAAGCAGAAUUUGGCCACAUAUGUAGCAUGAAACAAGUUAGUUUUUUUCCCUUUAAUUUCAACCCAUGGCUGGAGUAUGGAUAAUUUGGUAUGGUAGUUCCUUAAAAGUCAGUUGGUUACAAAUUGUGAAAGGCUAGUGUUGGACUUAUUUGCACACGCGUGUGCGCGCGCACAGACACACACACAGAAAACCACAGUGGGUAGCUGAUAGCAUAUAAAACAGGGUUUUACUCUUUGGCUUCAAUGUCAUAUUGUUUGUGAGCACAUUUUGGGGUUUAAAACAGAUCGUGGUAAAUAAUUAUAAUUACAAUAAAAAAAAUCUGUUGUGAAA